AUGGAGAUUAAGAUAAUGGAUACUACUGCGGUCAAAACCGAAAAGGUGAAAGUUCUGAAUGUUAAACUUGAUGCUAUUAAGAAACAAGUCAAGGAUUUGUUAUGCGAGAGAGCAGUUAUUAAAAUUUGUAUCUUAGAUGUUACUGGCUUACUCUCAGAUAUCAUUGAGACUAGGGAAUCCAUGAUUACCAUCACAGUUAGAAAGCAUGUUGCUGAAAAGCUCAGUCCAGUCUUUGUGAUGCUUCAUCGACUAGAGGGUGUUCUGGAAUCAAGCAGCAUUCCAAAACAAGGGAGAGAUCAACACAAGAAGACUUCAGUAAAGCUGAUCUUCAAAAGUGAAUCUGAGCCUAAAGGAAAAGAAAAGCUUUUCUCUAAAGAACCAAUCGUUGAUAACGGUGAGGAUGAAGAGCUUGAUGAAAGCGAACUCAAAAAGAGACAGGCUCGUGAAGUAGAAAUGGAUGAAAAUCAAAGAAUUGUUCGAGAGGCUGAAGCUAAAGAAAAGGUAGAGAAAGAAGAUCAGGUUAUACUUGAAAGUCGAAAUCUCUUAUUUCCUUUGUGGACGUUGAUUGAAUUCAGAAUGAAGCAGUGGACUCACCAAGUGAAUAUUGGCUAG